CGAACGCAAGGAUAUUAGAGAGCGCGACCUGCUCACGCUUCUCAUUCGCGCAAACAUGGCGACGGACAUCCCCGAGGACCAGCGGCUGACCGAUGACGAGGUCCUUGCGCAGGUCCCGACGUUCAUUGUCGCUGGCCACGAGACGACGAGCACGGCGACGACCUGGGCGCUGUUCUCGCUUUCACAGCAGCUCGAUAUGCAACGGAAACUGCGCGCGGAACUGCUGCAGGUGGCCACGGACAGCCCGACGAUGGACGAGCUGAACGCGCUGCCGUACCUGGACGCAGUCGUGCGCGAGACGCUGCGGCACCACGCGCCAGUGCCGUCGACGUCGCGCCAGGCGUUCGAGGAUGACGCCAUCCCAGUGGACGCGCCAUACAAGGACAGGUACGGCCGGGUGCGCGAGCACAUCGAGAUCAAGAAGGGCGACCUCAUCUUCUUGCCUAUCAUGUCUCUGAACCGGCGCAAGGAGAUAUGGGGCGAGGAUGCGCAUGAGUUCAAGCCUGAGCGAUGGGAACACAUCCCCGAAGCGGCGACAAGAGUGCCUGGUGUUUGGGGCAACAUGCUCACAUUCAUUGGCGGGCCGCGGGCGUGCAUUGGUUACCGGUUUUCUCUUGUCGAGAUCAAGGCGCUGCUCUUCGCGCUUGUACGCGCUUUCGAGUUCGAGCUCGCUGUACCGGUUGAGAACAUCAAGAGACGGACCGGCAUCAUUACGACACGCCCCGUCAUCACUGGACCCGACGGUAAGACCAAAGCGUCGCUCCCGCUGAUUAUUCGGCCAUACAGAAUGUAGUGCGCACAAUUUGGGAUGCGGAAGGCAAGCUAUCUGGUGUGGCUAACGACAU